CUCCUCGUGCAAAUCCUGACGCCGUUUUCGACGCAAGCACUCCUUCCUCUAACGAGGAUAUCGCACCGCUUCCAUGACCUCGUCCUACGCAUCCUACACUAUAGACUUCUCCUCGCGGCAUCUUUGGAGGAUUACAAAUUGAUUUUAGAAUGCUUCCAUCCAAGCUCCAGGCUUACCGACCCUCAUUCGUUCUGCACUUAUCUCGGAACGCCCGGCUUGAGCGACAAGUAUGAGGGAAAGGGAUCUCUGUAUGAAGACUGUGAAGCUACAGAGCGACUAGGACGUUUAUCAGCCGUAUAUUCGAGGUUUAAACCCGAACCAAGUGGCACACAAUCUGGGUCUCACUCGCCGAAGAAUCACUCGGAGCCUCCAACGGGUGGCGAGGUUGGAGAUGUUCAUGAGAGCAAUAGCACAACCCAAGGAAACCAAACCGCCGAUACUGGACGGUUUUUCAAGAAACAAAUAAGUCUUGACGAACUCGAGCCUUUCUCUCAGUUAUGCACAAUGGUGAAUUUGGUCAAAGUCGCUCCAAACUCAAUGCGGUUGAUAAGCGCAAUCAAUGUGGAAGAGGGCAUCGUUCGAGUAUGGAGGAACUGGCUUAGGCAACAUGCAGGACGAAAACAAAGCGAUGUUUUACACGAGACGCCCAAAGACGACGAUAGUGUUUUAUGGGUCGAUAACCGAGAGAACGUGGGAUUGAAGCUGCGCGUCAAGGAGAAACGAUGGAACCGACAGGCGCCUGUCUUGGUCCAUGAAGAUGAAGAAACGGCAAUUACCUAUGAGGUUGAAAUUGAAGGUCAGUUUUUCGAGGUUUUCAAUAUAGCUGCUAGUCUUGCUAAACCGAGGCAUAGAAGUUCGCAUUCGCACGACCCGCCUGCUAUUGACGGUAGAGCAGUCUCUAGAGCAGCAGAAUUAUUCAAAGGCCAUUAUCAUAGGGCCGAUGCAUAUAGCACCCAUUAUCUGAGAAUAAUCCAGCAUAGAGCAGCAGGACUUUCUUCUUCCAUCUUCUUUGAUAUAGAGCUGACGCAUGAAUGGACCACCUGCCAAACCGCCCAAGCACGAUGGAACAGCGUCUACCCCGCCCGACGAUACCACACCUCUUUGCGACAAGCAAGCGAGAAUUCCGGAGGAAACGAUAGGGACUCUGUCCAAGGUGGCCGCCAGCGAGCACGUGAGAAACUGGCCGACAAGGAAUUCUUUCUCAGUCUGCUGAGUUCGGCUGCUACAAAGCGCGAGGCAAAAUCAUAUCUGUCCAGGUUCCCUUCAGAGUCAAAUAAAAAGCCCUCGGCUUUGCAACAAAAAGAAAAUGCCGACAACGACGCUACGGAAACAGAAAAACCGGGUGUCAAUUUGGGGACUUUUUAUGGAGUCACUAGAUCGGUUCAGGAUACACCCGUCUUCCGGCAGAUAGACACACCGGAGCGAGAGCGGGGGGCUUCUUUUGAUGAGACUCUACAUGUUUCUCUGGUCAAGUUGACUACUCCGCAGUCGCUGGACGACGAGACAAUCGACGGGGUCGCCCUUACUCUGACGCAGCUCAUGCGUCUAGGCAUGGCGUCAUGCGUGGUUAUCGAUCCCGGCCCAAUUGAAGACGAGACGUCUUGGAAAAAGGUUACUGUUGAGCAGGCUGAUCGUCUGUCGGCAGCGAUUGAUUCGUGUGAUGGCGGUAAAUCGUGGCGGCUCGAUUCGGCGUUAAUAAUAAAGGACAGUGAUUCGACAUUACCAAAAGUCAUCUCUCGGAAAGCACUGCUGAAGCCUCUGCGAAAGAAUAAUACCGUCAUCAUCACACCAUUUGUAUAUUCCGAGUCCACAUGCAAAACUUCGCUAGCACCAGCCAACAAUGUUAUUCUGGCGUUGACCAGGGAAUUGGCAGGGUUAGAGAGAGACCACAACCCGGACGAGGAUCCCAUUGUUACUGCGCAAAAGUUCAAAGAACUCCAGAAGGAAGUUACAGUGGACAGAUUGAUCGUACUUGAUCCGCUAGGAGGAAUUCCUGCGUUUAAUCGACAUCAGGCAGCGCAUAUCUUUAUCAACAUGGAGCAGGAAUUCGAGGAUAUCAAAGACGAGCUCACAACCACGAUAGAGUUGAGCAAUGGCCUGACAAGUUCUAGAACUGGGCCUUCUAUAGAAUCAGCGAUUGCCAACAGCAAUCCGAUUUCAAAGCUGUUGUCGUCAGAGCUCGGCCGAUUGCCCACGCAACAACACGGAGAACAAUUUGCAAGUGGACCAAUGGCCCGCCCGGUGAAAGGGCACCUGGAAAAUCUACAGUUAUUGAAGGACAGCCUGCAACUGCUUCCCCCUUCAACAUCGGGAAUUAUUGCAACACCAACCGAUGUUGCCGCCUCGGCACGUUCACCGCUACAGGAGACUCUUUCCGUAUCAAGAGUAGGAACACGACGACAGAGGAAUCCAUUGAUCCACAAUCUGCUUACCGACAAACCCUUGCACUCAUCAUCCCUCCCUUCCAGUCGACUUGGAUCAAAUAAGAUAUCCGACGGCCAGACCAUCCCCGCGGUUGUACAGUCUACAUUUGUUAAGCGGGGAAUGCCAUUAACUAUCCUCCCGGAUCCUCGCGUUGCUCCCUGGACACCAGAUAACAACGGCGCACCGCGAAUAACUCUCAACGACCCUCGUAUUGAUCUUCCACGCCUAGUUCAUCUUAUCGAGGACUCUUUCAACCGCAAAGUCGACGUGCAGGACUACCUGAACCGCAUAAACGACAGAAUCGCCGGCCUCAUCAUAGCCGGCGAAUACGAAGGCGGAGCAAUCCUGACCUGGGAGACACCACCAGAUAUUCCAGACUCGGAACGCAACCGCCCCGAGAACGUCUCUCGUCUUGUACCUUAUCUCGACAAGUUUGCCGUGUUGAAACGGAGUCAGGGAGCCGGUGGUGUGGCUGACAUUGUGUUCAAUGCUAUGGUUCGCUCGUGUCUACCGCAAGGUGUGUGCUGGCGCAGCAGAAUGGACAACCCGGUGAAUAAAUGGUACUUUGAGCGUUCCAGAGGGACAUGGAAACUGCCUGGAAGCAAUUGGGCCAUGUUUUGGACGACACCAGGUGUGCCGGAGGAGGAUCAGGUGAAGUUUAGGGAUUAUGAGUCGGUUUGCCGGAACAUCCAGCCGAGCUGGGCGGAUAAGAAGAGUGUUGUCGACUAA